GCGUUCUCACCACGAUAACGUUACAUUUGCAUGUAGAGUAGCAUUGCCUCAUCGCUCCUAUGCAUGUAUCAGUCUGGCCUUCGAUCUGAAACUCACCAUCUGGUGUUGGUCGGUGCACAGAUAUGCCGUCCGAGUCCACAUUUAACAAGAGCACCAUUAUUUUCUUUUGUGUUCUCCAGCUCUUUGCAGUGAAGAUCCUGCUCGAACGUCUCCAAGACGUGGGGCUCAUCGAGGUGCCUGGCUGGGUCCCAUUCCUCGCGGCUCGGACGAAUUGCGGCCAUGUGGACGAGUUUGAGUAUGUCAUCGUCAGCAGAAGCGUAGUCACUCCUGACGGGGUAAUACCUGCUGCAGUACAAGUGAAGGAUGGCCAUAUCGCGGCGGUGAAGCCCAUCAACGGGGAUGCCUCCAGGGCAAAUCUGACACAUGCAGCCUUCCUUCUGACCGGCCUCACAAAGAUCCUAGACUACGGGGACCUCGUUGUGUCUCCAGGCCUCAUUGACACUCACGUCCACAUGAACCAACCCGGCCGCUCCCACUGGGAAGGCAUGGAGACUGCCACGAGUGCAGCUGCGGUUGGCGGCAUCACCACAGUCGUGGACAUGCCACUCAACUCUGACCCCACCACAACCACCGUCGAGCUGCUGCAGAAGAAAAUCAGCGCCACUACGGGGGAGAUAAGGGUGGAUGUGGGGGUGUGGGGAGGGUUGGUGGCAGACAACGCCGGGGACCACGCUCUCCUGCAGGGCAUGUUGGACUCUGGAGCGCUGGGCUUCAAGUCUUUCAUGGUCCCCUCAGGGAUUGAUGACUUCCCGUAUGUGAAUGAGACGCACAUCAGGGCGGCGCUGCCCUUUCUCAAGUCAGCAGGCGUUCCCUACUACGUGCACGCUGAGCUCAUGCCGCCGGAUGACUCACCGGGCGAGUGCUCCGGUGAUGAGGCAAACCCGCGCAUGCAUGCGUCGUGGCUGGCAUCACGGCCCCCUUCCAUGGAGAACAACGCAAUCAAGCUGCUCAUCAGAGCGCUUGAAGAGGACGCCACGCAGGCGAAGCCGGGCUUCAGGAUUCACAUUGCCCACCUGGCAGACUCGGGCUCCAUGGCAGACAUCGAGACCGCCAAAAAGAAGGGCCUGCCCAUUAGCGUGGAGACAUGCCCCCACUACCUGGUCUUCGCUUCGGAGGACGUACCAGAAGGCGCCACUCAGUAUAAGUGUGCGCCGCCGCUGCGGCCGCGCGCCAAUCAAGACAAGCUCUGGGAGUUUGUCAUGGAUGGCAGGAUCAAUUCUGUCGCGACCGAUCACUCGCCAUCGCCGGUUGAGCUGAAGCACCUGGAGGAGGGGGACUUCAGCAAAGCAUGGGGCGGCAUCUCAGGGCUGCAGUAUGGGCUGCCUGGCACUUGGGAGGGGCUGAAAUCGAGGGGAGCCGGGCCGGAACUGCUGGCGAAGCUGUGGAGCAGCUUCCCUGCUGAGCUGGCGGGCCUGCAGCACAAGAAGGGCGCCCUCAAAGCCGGCCUGGAUGCAGACAUCACGGUGUGGGACCCAGAGGCGCUGGCGAACACUUCUGUGGAGUCUCUACAGCACAGACACAAGCUGUCGCCUUACACCGACAUGGCUCUGCACGGUAGAGUAGAGGCCACCUUCGUGCGCGGCCACCAGGUCUUCUCUGCCGCAGCCAAAAAGCCCCUAUCUCCCCAAGUCUGCGGCAAGCCCGUGCUGAAGCAGAACCUGUGA